CUUUUGUGAUUGGCGAAACUCUACGAAGAAAGAGGCUUGCAGAGUACAGAGUCCCUAGUGUUGCUGGAGAGUUCACUCAUCUUGUCUGCAAGCUCCAGCCAAAACGUGACUACAAACCUUUUAUUUAUUUUGUUACCUUUAAAUCCCUUUCCUAAACAAGAUGUAACUUCCAGCGACGCACGAACAUAUUUGAGAUCGCUCUUGUGUUGUUUUUUUAAUAAGCAGCGAGAGUGGAUGGCGUCUUUUUUUUUUUUGCUACAAAGGGAAGAAUAUAUUGUUGUGAAUUAUUAUGAUAUGAGUGUGUUAUGCCGAAGUGAUUUUUUUGUUUGAUUGUUUUUUUUUUCUCGUCGUGUAUCUCUAAUGUGGGAUUUACUUCCAAAACAAGCCGAGUCUCUGCUCUGAAGGCGAAGAAAGAGGGAUUCGAAUAUUUCUACUCCUUCGACAAACCGAGGAUUUAAAAUCUUAGGUGUCUUUUUUUAAACAAAAAAACAAAAAACAAAAUUCAUGUGGCGAUUUUUCCUUUUAGCAAACGCAAUUUGGAUAGCAGAAUGAGCAAGGGAAGACCCAAGAGAAAUAUUAUUCAAAAGAAAUACGAUGACAGCGAUGGUAUUCCUUGGUCAGAGGAGAGAGUGGUGCGCAAGGUCCUUUACUUGUCUCUGAAGGAGUUUAAGAAUGCCCAGAAGAGGCAGCAGGGUGAUGGGGGAAGAACCAAAAACACAAAUGGUUCCUUGGCUAACGGGAAGUUAAACGGAUUAGGAUCAAAAUCGUCAGGAAACGAGAAAGAAGAUGGUUCCCGGGCGUCCUCUCACACGAACGACGGUGGUUCAACAGACUCGGAGGAGGGGCCAGUUAAAAAGAGGCCAAGACUGCAAGCACAAAGGAAAUUCGCGCAGUCACAGCCCAACUCCCCCAGCACAACCCCCAUAAAGGUGCUGGAACCUGCUUUACCAACUCCAGUCUCCCAGAUCACAGACCUCUCCAAACGGAAGCCUAAAACAGAGGAUUUCCUGACCUUCCUCUGCCUCCGAGGCUACUGUACCUGGCACUCCAAAGACUCGGCUGCGUUGCCCAGCAACAUGGCGUAUUUCGGAAGCUCUCAAGAUGAAGAGGAUUUGGAUGAGGAAGACGAGGAAAGCAUGGAUGUGAAGCCAGCUGCUUGCAUCGCUUCAACGUCCUGCAAUUCCACGCCCAGGAAAGGCAAGCUGCACGGCAAACACACUGUCAAUGGCUGUGUUUUGAAUGGUCACAGAAAAUCAUCUCGGGAGAGAGAGUCCACUCCGAAACACAAAGGCAAGGAGGCCACGCCAGGGAAGGAGAGAAGCGAGAACAAGGCAGAGAGUCGCAGAGAACAAGCUUCUUCCGCAGCAGCUGCUAACAAUGUGGGAACCUCGGCCAAAGGUUCAGCUGCUAACAGCCAUGCUCUGAGCAAAUCGGCUCAGGAGCUCCGAAAGCAGGUUUCGAAAGUGAAUGGAUAUACCCGGGCCUCUUCCCAAGGUGCACACCCACCCAGUGCCAAAAAGACAAGAGAGUUCCGACCUUCGCCGUCCAAAACUGUGAAGUACACGGCCACCGUGACCAAGGGGCACGUCACCUACACCAAAGCAAAGCGAGAACUGGUCAAGGAAACCAAACUGAACCACAAUAACCACCACCACACUAACCACCACCACAAUAACCACCACCACGAAAACUCAGGAAAAGCAGAAAGUAGCAAUGCAAAAACACGAAAACAGGUGCUGUUAUCCAAUGGGGUGCACAAGACGGCAAGGGGUGGCUGUGUGCGUAUCAAUGGGAGGCUAAACAGGAGGCUGUGCACCAAGGAGAAGGGCAUGCGGGUGCGAGAAGGGUUGCGCAACUCCAAGAGGCGGCUGGAGACAACAGUCCUCGGUGGGAAGCAGCUCCAGUCCAACACCAAGAAGGUCAAGCUCCAUGUGCGCUCGCCUGAGACCCGCAGUAGGAAAGCCAAUCUGGAGAAGGCCUUGCUGAAUGGGCACAUGAAGGCCCCAGAGUGCCCAGAGCCCAGCUCAGAAAGGCAGAGACCCAAAAGGACAUCAGCGAGCAGGCAGACUCCUAGCAAACAAGCACACCACAAAACGGAGAGCGUCCCCAGCGAGAACCAUUCUACCUCAGAAACAGAGUCCUCCCCGCACAAGCUGCCUGAGCCCAAAGCGGAGAAAGAGAAAGGUGGCAAUAGCAAGUCAGGCUGGUCCUUGAUUAGUGAGGCUCCAGUCUUUAGGCCAACCCACAAGCAGUUCCAGGACCCUCUGGUUUACAUUGAGUCAAUCCGGGAGCAGGCAGAGCCCUAUGGGCUCUGCAGGGUGGUUCCCCCGCAGGACUGGCGUCCAGAGUGUAAACUGAGCGACGAGAUGCGCUUUGUCACCCAGGUGCAGUACAUUCACAAGCUGGGCAGACGCUGGGGGCCCAAUGUGCAGCGGCUGGCCUGUAUCAAAAAGCACCUCAAAUCUCAGGGCAUUGCCAUGGAGGAGCCCCCACUCAUAGGAGGCUGUGAGCUGGACCUGGCCCGCUUUUUCCAGCUGAUCAACGACAUGGGCGGCAUGCAGCAGGUGACGGACCUCAAGAAGUGGAACAAGCUGGCGGACAUGUUGCGCAUUCCCAAGUCUGCCCAGGACCGACUGGCCAAACUACAGGAGGCCUACUGCCAGUACCUACUGUCAUACGACUCUCUGUCCCCCGAGGAGCACAGGCAGCUGGAAAAGGAGGUCCUGGCUGAGAAAGAGAGCCUGGAAAAGAGAAAGGGCCCUCUGGAGGGACACUCGAACACCCACAAUUCCCAGUCGCUGCCCAGGUUUGAGCCCAAAAACGGACUCAUCAACGGCGUGGUGCACAAGAAUGGCUUUCGCAAUAAGCUGAAAGAGCUGGACACUCAGUUGAAAACAGGCCGACGGCGACUGUUUGCUCAGGAAAAGAAAGAGAACGAUAAAGAUAAUGGAGUUCUAAGUGACCAGCACAAAUGUAUAUAUAAGGGAAGAUCGGUAUCGUUAACUACAUUCUACAGAACAGCCAGAAACACCAUGAACAUGUGCUUUAACAAGGAGCCAGGGGUAGCUGAUGUUGAGCAAGAGUACUGGAGGAUAGUGGAGCAGAAGGAUUGUCAUGUGGCCGUGCACCAUGGCAAAGUGGACACAAACACACAUGGAAGUGGCUUCCCUGUGGGCAAGUCAGAGCCAUUUUCAAAGCAUGGAUGGAACCUCACAGUCCUUCCCAAUAAUUCAGGAUCCAUCUUGCGACAUCUUGGUGCUGUACCUGGAGUGACCAUUCCCUGGCUGAACAUUGGCAUGGUCUUUUCUACCUCAUGCUGGUCUCGGGACCAAAACUGCCUUCCAUACAUUGAUUAUUCACACACUGGUGCUGAUUGCAUUUGGUAUUGCAUUCCUGCUGAGGAGAACAAAAAACUUGACAAAGUGGUGCACACUCUGCUGCAGGCCAAUGGGACUCCAGGGCUGGAGAUGCUUGAAAGCAGCAUCAUGAUCUCCCCGGAGGUGCUGAUUCGGGAAGGAAUUAAGGUGUAUCGUACAGUCCAGAAGAGCGGAGAGUUCAUUGUCUCUUUCCCGGGAACCUUUGUGUCUAAAGUGUGCUGUGGGUACAAUGUUUCCGAAACUGUGCACUUUGCUACCACCCACUGGAUGAACCUAGGAUAUGAGGCUGCGAAGUACCUAAAAUGCAGACGUAUAGCUAAGCCCUUUUCGAUGGAGAAACUGCUGUACCAGAUCGCAACAGCGGAGUCCAAACGGGAGAAUGGACAGAUUUUGAGUACAAUCUCUUCACUUCUGCAAGAGCUCAGGGAUAUAGAGUUGAAAGAACGACAGGAGCUGUAUGAGGCAGGCCUUCUCUCCACGGCUCGCUACGGAAGUCUUGACAACAACCAGUUAACGCUGGACGGGAAGAAAAAGCCUCGAAAGUGGCUUGCACUGGAGACGUCGGAGAGGCGGUGUCAGAUGUGCCUCCACUUAUGUUACCUUUCCAUGGUCGUUCAGGAGAAUGAGAACGUUGUGUUCUGUUUGGAGUGUGCUCUCCGCCAUGUGGAGAAGCACAAGUCCUGCCGUGGGCUCAAGAUGAUGUAUCGAUAUGAUGAGGAACAAAUCAACAGCUUAGUGAAUCAGGUCUCUGGAAAAGUGUCUGCAAAAAACGGCGACGUUGGAAACAGCAUCACUCCCAGCAAGACCCCACUGAAGCGAGGACCCAGGAGACGAGCUACCAUCCACGUGCCGCUCUCCAGGCUUCCCUCUUCAAACGCGUCCUAAAGUGCUUCAGCUUCCUCAUGAAGAUGCCAACUGUGUGUGUUUUUUUUUUUUGUAUAAUAGUUUGGAGAACUUGCUCUAGAAUGCAAGCUGUCUUUGCACUAGCUCUAAAGAGAAUUUUGUUCUGUUUUUAGAGAAGUAUUUUGUUUUAGCAUUAAAUUGUUGGGUUACAUUUUUUUAGGACGAUUUAUAUAUACAUAGAAGUAUGUAUAUAGUAAACAAACUGCAGUCAAAUAUUUUAUUUUGAAAUGCAGUACCUUCACUGUUUUAAAAGCAGGUCAAAGGGCUGAUCCAGAUUGACUUUCUCUUCUCCCCCCCCCCCCCCCCCCUUCAGCCCCUUUGACUGCACAAGCCUUUUGUUUUGGAUUUUUGUAACUGUGAAAAAGGUGGGCUAUUUUAAGAACCCUGAUUUGAAUAGGAUGAAGUCGAGUGCUGUGUUUUUUUAGUUUGUCCAGUGAGCAGUUUUUUGGGGAGAAAGGUUUGGAAGUAAAACUUAAAAGAAGCUGCUUUUGCUUGGCAGAGUUUUAAAAAAAUUAAAAUAAUAAUUAUUGUACCUUUAUUUGAGGGAUGAGAGGAGUGGGGGUAAGUCCCUGGCAGCUUACAAUAAUAGACUUGGUUUGCGAGACGAUAAGUCAGAUGCUAAAUGGUCAGUGCAUUCUCUCCUGUUCAUCUGAAAAAAAGAAAGAAUGAAAAACAAGGAAGUGGCUGCCUGCCAGUUUUAAGCAUCAUUACAUAUGAAAACUGUGCCUGAUUUAAUAGGAAAUCCAUACAAAUGUUUUGGUGCUUGUUGGUUAUUUUAUCAAAAAAGAAAAAUGAAAAAAAAAGAUUAAAAAAAGACAAUAAGAAGCCUUGUAAUGGCAUUCUCAAACACAAGACAGAAGCGGUUGGCGCUUAUUUGUUCUAGAUGUGCAAUUGUAUUAACAUUCCAUUCUCAUUCUUUCAUCUGUAUUCAACUCAAUAAGCAUUAACAAUUUUUUUUUUUUUUUUUUUUUUUGGUCGGAUGUAACUUCACAAAUAGAGCCACUAGAAAAGCGUGUGAAAUGUGAAAAUCCUGGUUUUUCUAUCAUGUUUUUCUUUUUGUGUUUUUUCACUCUUUCCCAUAUGUAUAAAAACACUUUUGUACAUACGCCUGUAAAUUUCUUUAAAUACUUGAGCCUUUUUGAGGGGAUGGGAAGGGGGAAGGGGGUGGGGGAGAAUAGCAAAGAAACCAGAUGAAGAAAAGCCUUACAUUUCAGUUUCUUCAUCCGUCUGAGUUUUAUGCUUACAGGGUUUCUCUUGUAACGUUUAUAAAUAAGUGCUGCUUACAUCACUGAAUAAAUACAGAGUAGCUGUUGCCCCUUUGUUUUUGUUUUUUUUU